GACACUGACAUAUACUAUAGUAGUACCCCUCGUUCUCAAGUGGUGGUCACAAGCAAAGGUGUAGCAACAAAAUACCCCGCCAAACGUGGACCUCCCUUCAAAUUUUAACUACACUCAAAAUCAUCUUCAUUCUUUUUAACAAUUUUAACAAACUCAUCAAACACGAUUAAACUUCUUUUUCUUUUCAAUAUUUGCUCAUAAUUUUCUACAAUCACCACAAGUAGAAUAAGCUAGGAGUAGAACAAGAACAAUUUUUAUCCUCGAAUUCGACAAAAACAAAGAGUAUUAGAAUUGAACCUUUUGUGAUAUGUUGAUUGAAAGAAUAUGGAAAAGAGAAGAAGUGGGGGCUGAAAAAUUUUGAGAAAUAUAGUUUUGGGCACCAGCAAUAGCAAUGAAUCAUCAUGGACCCCCAUUGACUAAAUUGAUAGCAGUGGCAAUAGACAAAGAUAGAGGAAGCCAAAUUGCUCUAAAAUGGGCUGUUGAUAAUCUUCUGGCUAGGGGACAGACUGUUAUUUUGAUCCAUGUCAAAGUUAAAGGAUCUGCAACCAACAGAUUAAACCAGGAUGCUAGCAAUGAUGGAUCAGGAAUGACUGAAUUGGAACCGCAGUUGAAGGAACUCUUUCUUCCUUUCCGAGUAUUUUGUACACGUAAAGAUAUUCAAUGUUAUGAUGUUGUGCUAGAGGAUGCCGAUGUGGUCAAAGCAAUUAUCGAAUAUAUCAAUCGAACAGCAAUAGAGGUACUAAUUCUCGGUGCAGCAGCAAAAGGUGGCCUUCUCAGAUUUAAACUCAAAGAUAUUCCUGGAAACGUUGUAAAAGGGGUUCCCGAUUUCUGCACUGUGUAUGUUAUCUCCAAAUCUGGAAAGAUUUCAUCAACACGAUCUGCUGCUCGCCUUGCACCAUUUAUCCACCCACUACGUCACCAGUUCAUGCAACAUGCCAACGACAGAUCUAAUUCAAUUGAGGAUUCAAACCCUCCUCCCAGAGGUUCUUUUUCUGGGGUUCCAAAGCCUGUAUCUGAUAUGACCAUGUCCAACCUUCAUAGUGAUACAUUCAACAUGAAGUCCCCUUUCACUCAUAGGAAAGGCCCAAAUGGCAAACCGUAUGAGAUCUCUCAGCCAGAUACUGACAUAUCAUUUGUCAGUUCUGGUAGACCAAGUAUUGACAGUAUGUUUCCUUCAUUUGCUGACUCUUAUGAUAGCGGAGCAACCCCUCCUCGUCUGUCAGCUUUCUCUGAUUUUGAAGGGCAAAAUUUUGAAUCUAUGCCCAUGGGACGCAGAUCCUUGGACAUCUUGCCAUCAGAGUUGACAUUUCUUUCAAUGGAGGGUGAUAGAACAUCAAUUUCCUCGACACAGGAUGAUGUAGCAGCAGAAAUGAGAAGGCUGAAGUUGGAGCUCAAGCAAACAAUGGAAAUGUAUAGUACAGCUUGCAAGGAAGCACUCACAGCACAACAAAAGGCGAUGGAACUCCAGCGCUGGAAAGCGGAAGAACAGAGAAGAAUAGAGGAGGCAAGAAUUGCAGAGGAAGCUGCAUUAGCACUUGCGGAGAAGGAAAAGGCAAAAUCUAGAGCAGCCCUCGAGCAUGCAGAGGCAGCUCAACGACUUGCAGAACUAGAAUCUCAGAAGAGAAUUAAUGCAGAAAUGAAAGCUUUGAAAGAAGCAGAAGAGAGGAAUAAGGUACUAAAUAAAUAUUCAAAUUCAGAUUUCAGGUAUAGAAGGUAUUCAAUAGAGGAGAUUGAAACUGCAACGGAAUACUUUGCUCAAUCUAAUAAAAUUGGAGAAGGAGGUUAUGGACCAGUGUACAAGUGUUACAUGGACCACACACAUGUCGCAGUUAAGGUCCUUCGCCCUGAUGCAACUCAUGGAAGGCAACAGUUUCAGCAAGAGGUGGAAGUAUUGAGCUGCAUACGACAUCCUAAUAUGGUGCUUCUGCUAGGAGCGUGUCCCGAGUAUGGGUGCUUAAUAUAUGAGUUUAUGUCCAAUGGAAGCUUAGAAGACCGUCUAUUCCAGAUAGGAAAUACCCCACCACUCUCUUGGCAGCAUAGAUUUAGAAUUGCUGCUGAAAUAGGUGCUGGUCUGCUUUUCUUACACCAGAGCAAACCAGAACCAAUAGUGCACCGUGAUCUGAAACCAGCAAAUAUUCUACUAGAUCGCAACUUAGUGAGUAAGAUUAGUGAUGUUGGUUUGGCUCGGCUUGUCCCUCCAUCAGUGGCAGAUACUGUAACUCAGUAUCGAAUGACAUCAACUGCUGGAACUUUCUGCUAUAUAGACCCCGAAUAUCAGCAAACAGGCAUGCUUGGUAUAAAAUCUGAUGUGUACUCUUUAGGUAUCAUAUUCUUGCAGAUACUAACAGCCAAGCCCCCUAUGGGUUUGACUCACCAUGUUGAGAGGGCAAUCGAAAAGGGGACAUUCAAUGACAUGCUUGAUCCAGCUGUUCCUGAUUGGCCCCGUGAUGAGGCUUUGAGCCUUGCUAAGUUGUCGCUGAGAUGUUCUGAGCUAAGAAGGAAAGAUAGACCGGAUCUCAGUAAGGUUGUUAUGCCAGAAUUAGAGAGAUUGAGAACACUUGGUGAAGAAACUCCAUGCCAAACAGGCUUCUAUAGUUCAGGCCACUCAACAAUUCAAAGCCAAGCUUCCGUCUCCCAAGCAAGUCAACAUGAAUAGAUUAACAACAUUAGAUCUUACACGAACAUUUAACUUGUUAGGAGUGGAAAAAACAUAAAGCUAUCCAAACAAGAUGUAAUAUGGCUCCAAGAGCUCGACGAGCACAUCGAUCAUGAAGCACACUCUUAGGUGUAUGAUAAGCAGAGCACAUAUAGUUCUGAAGUUCUCAGGGGGGAGAGCCAAAGGAGAAGAAUGCUAAGGAAAAAGAAAAAGUUAAAACUGAUUGUUUUUAUAGUAUGACAAGGGAUUGUACAUUUCCAUCCCUAUAAUAGAGAAAAUAGUAGCAUUUUUGGUCCUUACUUUAUUCGAUUUUGAUUCGGGUAUUGUUCAACUGUAAACAUUUGGUUGUUAAUAAUCCAACUGUUCAGUUUUGGUC